AUGGAGUUCCUGACCCUUCAGCAUCUAAUGAAGGAGCUGACCACCAAGGCAGAAAUGCUGAUGGUUGUCACCAAGGAUUACCAGGAGUACUUUCUUGUGCUCUUCAGGGAAGCCUCUCACUGCAUGCAGCUGGUCUUUGGCAUUGAUGUGAAGGAAGUGGACCCUCACAGCCACUCCUAUGUUCUUGUACCUGCCCUGGGCCUCACCUAUGAUGGGAUGGUGGGUGAUGGCCAGAAGUACCCCAGGACCAUCCUCCUGAUAAUCAUCCUGGGUAUCAUCCACAUUCAGGACAACCGUGCCAGUGAGGAAGCCAUCUGGGAAAUGCUGAAUCAGAUGGGGUUGUAUCCUGGAAGGGACCACUGCAUUUAUGGGGAGCCCAGAAAAUUCCUCACCAAGGAUUUGGUGCAGGAACAGUACUUAGGAUGUUUGGAGGUGCCCAGCAGUGAUCCUCCUCGAUAUGAGUUCCUAUGGGGUCUAAGGGUCCACACUGAAACCAGUGAGGAAGAAGUCCUGGAAUUUUGGGGCAUGCUCAAAGAUACCACCCUUAAGGCCUUGCCUGUCUGUCAUGAGGAGGGUUCAGAAGAUGAAGAAGAGAGAGACCCACACUUAGGGCCAGUGGAAGAGUGA